UUUAAAGUCAGUUAGAUGAUAUUGUUGAAGAAAUAUUGUGUUGAGUUCUCCAGAUUUUUAAUGAAUUUUCUCAGAGAAAAACUAAUUUUUCUGUCAUUUUUGUCGACAGGAUUAAAUGGAGUUCGUAGUGCCGGGUCUCUGCUGUCAAAACCAGCCGUAAGGACGAUCUACAACAAUGGCUUCCGGAUGACUGAAGGCGCAAAUGUAGAAUCCUGGAUUCUGCGAAUUAUGGAUGGGGACACUUUUGCUUGUGGGGCGGCCUAUUACAGCCCGCGUAUCGCACUGACCUCUGCUAACUGCAUUCACAGUCACCGAAGAAGGCUGUCCGAACUCAGCCUCAUGUUUUUGUCGCCGCACGAGAAGGAUCCGGUGGAUGAAGUGCGGAUCUUAACCGUAUAUGUGUCACAGGAUUGGCGCUGGACGAAAAACUACAUGGAUAUUGCGGUGGUGAAGCUAAGAAACCCUCUGCGUAACCAUUUCAAAAACUUCGUGAAACUCUGCCGCAAGCCGUUGAGCUCCCAUAAUCGCCUCACGAUUGUUGGCUGUGGCGUUGGACAGGACGAUGAGAUGCGCAGCGAACAAGUCGAAGUCCUUGGAAGAAUGCAGUGUGAGGAUCGGUAUGGUAACUAUAUCCUUGGAGAGACUCUAGCAUGCGCCCGAGAGUUUAUCCAAAGUCCAAGGUGCAUGUUUGAUGCUGGUUGCCCGGUAACUUCUAACUCUCAACUCUGCGGAAUUGUGGCCGCAGGACCGGCUUGUGAGUCAGGACUGCCCGGACUCUUUACGGAUGUCUAUGCGGUCAGGAGAUUUAUCUCAAAGGCAGUUCAUGGGAGAAAAUUUCGCAGUAGAAAUAUCGGGUCCUGGCUUGCAAUAUAAGAUAUAAUAUAAUAUAAUAUAAGAUAUAAACAGUCAAUUUUUAUU